AUGUCAGCUCACCAAGACUUCAUCCCAGGAAACGAGCUCUAUGUCUCGACUUUCGAUAAGGGCCAUUUGCCUCUUCCCCCAUCGAAGAAGGUUGCGGUUGUUACAUGCAUGGAUGCCCGUAUUGAGCCAGCAACUCAACUGGGCAUAAACCUUGGAGAAGCCCAUGUUAUUCGCAAUGCCGGUGGUUCUGCCAAAGAGGCCCUCAGAAGCGUUGUCAUCUCUCAGCGGCUGCUUGGUACCAGAGAGGUUGCCGUGUUCCAUCACACAGACUGCGGAAUGCUCACUUUCACAAACGAGCAACUCCAUGAUAAGGUCAAGGCAGAGGCACCGGGUAAUGCAGCUGUCGCAGCAGCUGUUGACGCCAUCGAUUUCCUCCCUUUCUCGCAGCUGGAAGAGAGCGUGAAAGAGGAUGUCAAAUUCUUGAAGGAGAAUCCUCUUCUUCUAGAGGGGACAAAUCUCACAGGAUGGGUCUACGACGUCACUACAGGCAAAGUUCAACGCGUCGUUUGA